AUGCACUCAUUCGGUGGCACGAGAAGGUCCGAGAAAUAUAAGGGGGGCUUAGUCCUGUUUAAGGGCCUGUUGGAAGGGCACCUCGCAGUCACACAGGAACUGGCAUCCAAGGCCAGGAAAACUUUGGUCCGGAAGAAUUCACGCUCCAGAUCCGGGCUCCAUACUGGAGCCAGACGGACAACACACCGGACCGUGCACGUGGCCGCGUGGCCUCCGCACUCGGCGCGGAGCGCUCCGAGCAACGCGCCCGCGUUUUGUUCUGCUCCCUCUAUAAAAAGGGAGCAGAGGGUCAUUUUACGACCCCCUUUUGUAUUUUAG